AUGGGUGCAAAGCGGGGGUCCCGGUGGGCCGCCCUCUACACGGUUCUGCUGCUGCCCCUGGUGACAAGCCUGCAGGACCCAGAGGCCCGGAGCUUCUUCCUCUCGCUGCAGAGGAGGCAGGCCCUGCAGAGCCAACAGGAUGCCCUGUGGCAGGAGCUGGAGCUGCUGGAGCCUGGCCAGGCCUGGUUUGCAGGCCAUCAGGAGGCACAGCAGCGUGUGUUGUGUCUGGGGGCCCUUGGUGAGAAUUUUCUAACACAUUGACACUCAGAGCCUGUUGGCCCCCAGUUAGCCCAGAUUCAAAGGGUGAACAUUCUGCAGAACCUGGUUCAGGGGAAGGAGUUUUCAAGGCAGCAGAAAGGAAUCACUCAGGAGGAUAUGGCUCAGCCCUGCUGCCCCAGUGGGCAGAGGGGCCCUACCAGUGACUAAGGCCUCCUCUUGUUCCCCCCAUUUGGUGGCAAGGGAGGCUGAGUCAGAACCCCCAGCUUCAUUCUGCCUCUUGACUCAACAGCUAAAUGACUCCAGGUGGUGGUGGGUCAACUGAAGUCCAAACAUCUUGGUGUAAAGUUUCUUCUCUGCUCCUUUUGAACUUCCGUUUCAUCUUGGUAUCUUAUGCCCUCACUCUGCCCUACAUG